AUGGGAUUGCUCAAACUUGAGUUUGUGGUCGCCAUCUGCUGUGCUCGUGUUGGCACUUCCCUAGAACAAGGAAACCACGCCUUUGAGGUCCUCCGUACUGCAAACCAGAAGUAUAGAGGAGUCGACUUCUUGGCCAUCCAGGCGAAGUUGCCAGCUGACGGCCUGUCUACCAGUCCGGAUUGGUGCAGCGACUAUGAGAAUCUGUGUGCUGGCUACGGACUGAGGCCGACGGGCUGUGGGGAGAACUGGGCAGUCGAGGGUGGGAGCGAGAGCGACCCCGGCCGUAUCCGGUGCGUGACUGAGUACAACUCCGACCCGUACAUCAACAACGUGCUCGGCUGUCACGCGGCCGACCAUGUAGCUGAGGUGGCGAGAUUGGCCUUCUCAGCCACGAAUAUACGUUACAGGAGUUUCGGCUUUGACUGGUGUACCACCAGCACAUGCCAACGUGGCAUUUGGGAGAGUCUUAACAGUCUGUACGACACAGGGUCAGCCUUUGGUCCAGGAGGGACCGGAGACAGGAUUGUGUACACCGUGUGCGCAGGCUCAGCAGCUCAGGUGGCGAACUUGGCUUUCUCAGCCGGGGCUACAGGGAGGAGGAGUUUCGGCUUUAACAACUGUCGCACCGACUUCUGCGAACGUGGGAUAUACCAGAGUCUUCACAGUCUGUGGAACACAGGAGCAGCCUUUGGCUCAGACGGGAGCGGAGACAGGAUUGUGUACACCGUGUGCGCAGGCUCUGCAGAUACUGACGAGUGUGCAACAGACAACGGUGGAUGUGCCCACAACUGCACCAACAUCCCAGGAAGUUACAACUGUUCCUGUCAACACAGUUUUAUACUGACGAAUGUGCAACAGACAACGGUGGAUGUGCCCAAACCUGCACCAACAUCCCAGGAAGUUAUACCUGUUCCUGUCAACAGGGUUUCGUGA